AACCUGCUAGCAUCCCUCGUUUUUUCUUAAUUGUUUGGCAGCAAACAAAUUCAAACGAGCUCUUUGCCUUUAUUAUUAUUAACAAAUAGUAUCCAGUUAGGCGCUUUACCGUUUUAGUUUUGUUUUUGAGUUGCCAUUUUUAGCAUGUGAAUUGAGACAUUCGAUAGGAAAGCACAAGUGAAGUCUGUGCAGCUGUGUUAUCCGCUCAUUCGUCCAGCAGUUGUUGUUUUUCACCUCGCCGCCAAUUUUGGCACAAACACAAACGCGCGCGCCUCCCAUAAAUUUGGCGAACGAUUUUAUAUAUACUAUAAAUUGGCAAACGAAGUACUUUAGCAAAACAACAACAACAAAAUGUCUAACUCGAAUAACAACACAGGUAGCAAAAAUAUUGGGUAUGAAUUUAAAAGCCUUAUAUCGAAACUCAGGGAGGGCGUACACCCCAAGGACUCGCAGGAAUUAUUAGAUCGAAUGGUGCCGCUUGCCGUGCAGUAUAUUAACAAGUGCCCCGAUAUAUUUGAUAGUCCACCGCCACUGACCGAGGAUGAUUGCUUAGACAAGAUUAUGACUAUAUUGGAGUCGAACCCGAUGUGGGGUGAGGAAGAUAAGCCUGGAUCGGUCUUCCACGAGCAUUACGUUGUUGCCUCCUGUGAGAUUGAAGAUCAGCGUAUGCGGGACCUUCUAUCGAAUCUUAUAUUGUUUAGCCUGGAAACUGAUGCACAGUACGUCCCCUUGAACGAAAUUGGGCAGCAACCUAGUCGACGUUCCAGAUCGUCAAUUAAAGUGGACAACACGAACAGGAGCUCGUGCAGCAGCAUCCUCCAAUCUAAUGGAAUAGGCUUAAAUGGCAAUAAAAAUGGGAUGUCAGUAAAGCCCUGCAGCUACGAUCCGACACAGACGAGCGUGGGUCUAGGCAACCUACCUUUGCCCAACUACAUCCUGGAUACAACAAAGCAAAAUAACGUCAAUACCGAUCAUGAUGUUGUGCAGAACGCAAUAUAUUCCUUUAUGGGCGUACAGGGAAAGUAUCUUAAGAAGGAUGUUAUUACGGGGCGCUUCAAGCUUGAUCCGCUUACCAUGAAGACCAUCUCACCAGUGCAGUGUGGUAUGCUAUUGCGGCUGUCCGAGCUAGGUUAUUAUCAUGAUCGGGUGUCCAAAUUUUCGAAUACAAUGACCGGCUACAAUGCCAUGGGCAGUAUGGGCCAGGCAUUCAUGGCGAAGCUGAAACUGGAGAUGAGCGAAUUUCAUGGGCAGGUGGCACUCUUGCAGGAUCAGCUCAACGCAUUUCGUCAGACGCAGAUGCGAGACUUCGUCGAUCGCGAUCAGAGCUGGUUGGACAGACAACGCGAGCAGCUGACGCUAAUGAAGCUGCUUUGCUGGUACAUGGAGCCACUGCGGCGCAUGCAAUGGCUAACAAAAAUCGCAGAUGCCUGCCAGCUAAAGAAGGGCGGUGACCUGGCCUCCGUGCUAUAUAAAUUUCUAAACAAUGGUGAUCCCAUGAUCAAUAAACUGGCCAAUGACCUGUUGACCGUGAGCUGUGGACCAUUGGUACGCAUGAUCUCAAAAUGGAUGCUCGAGGGUGGCAUCGAGGAUAGCCACGGGGAAUUCUUUGUUGAAUCGCUUGACGAGGUCGGCGCUGAUCGACUCUGGCACGAUAAGUUUCGGUUGCGGCACAGCAUGCUACCCAAAUUUAUCACACUUGAACUGGCCGACAAGAUACUUAAAACCGGCAAAAGCAUUAACUUCUUGCGUGAAAUAUGCAAAAUGGAGGAAGCUGUAAAGGGCCGUAAGGAGCUUAAGUACGUUAUUGACAAUCAUGUUUCCCACAUCUUUUCGUACGUGCCAGACACAACCUGGCAUGCGGCCAUUGAGACUUGCUAUUCGCAAACUUCUAAGCAUGUGCUGGACAUUAUGGUUGGACCACACAAGCUGUUGGAUCAUCUGCAAGGGAUGCGUCGCUAUCUAUUGCUUGGCCAAGGCGACUUUGUCAGCAUUUUCAUCGAGAACAUGAAGGAUGAGCUGGAGAAAAUUGGCACCGACAUUUACUCACACGAUCUAUCCGCAAUGCUUGAUGCCGCCCUGCGCUGCACCAAUGCCCAGUAUGAUGAUCCAGAUAUACUUAAUCAUUUGGAUGUGGUGGUUAAGACGCCAUAUGCCGGUGACUGCGGCUGGGAUGUCAUCUCAUUGCAAUACACGGUCCGUGGACCGUUGGCCACCAUGCUGGAACCCGCAAUGCCCACAUACAAGGCGCUAUUCAAGCCACUCUGGCGCAUCAAGCACAUGGAAUUCGUAUUGUCCACAAAAAUUUGGAAGGUACAAAUGGGCAACGCCAAGGCAUUGCGUUCGAUGGGCAGUGAGAUUGCCAAAGCCACCUACCGAUUGCAUCUGUUCACGUCGGAAAUCAUGCACUUUGUUCAUCAAAUGCAGUACUAUGUACUCUUCGAAGUGAUCGAGUGCAACUGGGUGGAACUGCAGAAACGCAUGCAGCAGGCCAAGGCUUUGGAUGACAUUCUCGACGCGCACUCCAAGUUUUUGCACGCGAUCAGCAUUGGAUGCUUUGUGAACACGUCAACGAACAUGGAAAGCCAUCUUGAGGUGGUUUAUGAGAAUAUCAUUUCGCUGGAAAAUUGGCAGGCCAACUUUUAUCAAGACUGCUUCGCUGAAUUGGAAGCACGUCAGCAAAUGGCUAAAACAAUCGCCGAUUCCGAACAGGCCGGACGUUAUGGUCUGACCACUGUACAAAAAAUGGAACGCGAUCAGGAGCGCAAGAUAUUCGAGCAGAAGCUUAUAACCUCCUGUCGGACGCUUGAAGGAUUUGCCGUGUCCUAUGGGAAAGCAGUAGGUGGCUUUCUGCUGGCGCUUAACUCCAGCGACGAUCCCAAUCUUCAACUGUUUGGCACCCGUCUGGACUUCAAUGAAUAUUAUAAAAAGCGGGAUACAAAUCUCAGCAAACCGUUAACCUUCGAGCAUUGGCGUUUGAGCAAUGUGUUUGGCACCUCCAAAAGCCACAUGGGAGGUCGCUACAGCAUGCAUCCGCAAACACCAUCACAGUUUGCAAACCAUGGUCACACUCAAUUACUGUCCUGGGACUAACGGUUAACUCAGGCGGAAGAUUGUGAUACUCACAAUCAGGAAGCGCUUUAUCCCAGUGCCAACAACAAUGACAACAACGACGACAACAACAAUAGCCGAGUAAAAGACAACAGUUCUGAUCGAGUUGAUUUGGCUCGACGCCCACUUUUAAAAUACAGGGCUGCAAAUUGUUGCGAUGUCAUGUAAAUUGCAUCGUGCUUUUAUUUCGUCAUCAUUAGGAAAGAUAAACAAAAGUAUUUAGCUUAAAAGGCCAUUACCGCACGCGAGCUACCUGCAUAUUGUUGUUACAAGACAAGCGUUUUUAAAUGUAUCAUAAUUGCCAAAAUAUCCCCAGGAAAGUAUUCUAUUCUACUCACACCUCUCCGAACCAGAAGUAAGAAGCAAAGAACAUGCACAGUUAAAACGAAACGUUUUUUUUUUU